AUGAGGGUAAGUACCAAAACCAAGGACGCAGAAAUGUCACGUUACUUGUAGAAAAGACUGAACGAUGAAACGUCGAAGGCGCAGCGUAACCAGACUACAGUCAGUUCGUCAGGGAUAAAUCUCCUGCCAAGCAACAUCAUGGUAUCCUUUGACGUUACGUCCCUUUUUUACUUCUAUUCCGCAGGACCUAGCAGUCGAGACCAUCGAACUACUCCUAAAAGACAAUUACGAUGAAACGGAGAAUCGCCUUGGACACAUCCAAAUCCUCCAACUCCUGAAGUUCUGUUUCAAGACGUACUUUAUGUUCGGCGGAACAAUCUACGAGCAGAUGAAGGGCACACCAAUGGGUUCGUCGGUUUCGGGACGCUUAGCCGAGGCAGUUCUACAACGGUUGGAGGCACUGGCUUUCCGACUGAAAUUCUGGGGUCGGUAUGUGGAUGAUACCUUCGUCGUCAUUGAACGGGAUCAGGUGCUGGAAUUCAAAGAACACCUCAACGUCAUCUUCCCAGACAUCUAA